CCUUUCGUAUCUUAACGAGGCAGUUCGUUCGGUGUCGCAUUAUGCUACGGUCACAGUUCUGUGGAACACGAGUGUGUCCCCGAGCCACGCCGUCAAGUCAUCUGCUCCGUUAAGAGCAGAAACCACUUUUUCGCUUCACUUUGUAUUUUUAUUGUAUAUAGAAUGCUUUAAACUCGAAUGUGUCUCUCCAAAUAACAAAAAAAAAAAAAAACAAAAAAAAUGGGAAAAGCCUCCAGUAAACUCAAGUCAAAACGAAGUCAAAGUAUUGCAUGGAGUUUCCGGUUUCCUUCAAUGGGCGCUCUUCAGAAUUUGGGGACUAGUAAUCGAAAGCGGAAACGAGAUGAUCUCUCCGUUACCCUCAAUUGUAAAGAUAUACGCCAAAAUAGGCACACAGUUCAUUUACAAUCGGACGUUGUUAAAUCUGAACUAAUUAUCACACCUCCCUACAAUGAAAAUGGAUUUAAAUUCAAUGAACGAAUCACCGGGGCGGAGAACAAGGAGGAGGAGGAGGAAAAGGACCAAAAGGUGAAGGAACAAGAAAAAAGAGAGGGGCACGACGCAUGUCUUUUUCGAUCGAGACCCUUGCCAAAAAGGCCUGAGGAAAACAACUCAAAAAUGGAUCAGUCUGAAGAAACAUUGCGUAAACUCUUGGAAAGGGAACUUCGGCUAUUGGAUCCUCGAGAUUUGCGCUCUCAUGCCUGGUACCAUGGCAGCACACUUCGUGGAGGUCGCAAAGGGGCUGAAGCUGAAGUACCAAACGAGGGUGACUUUCUAGUUCGAGACUGUGCAUCCCAACCCGGCAACUACGUUCUCACUGUUCGCUGCAAGGGACAAGCUCUUCAUUUCGUUAUCAACAGAGUUGUCCUCCAGCCGGAAACAGUUUACGAGAGAGCGCAGUAUCAAUUCGAGGAUGAAGCCUUCGACACCGUGGCUGAUUUGAUAACGUUCUAUGUUGGUAGUGGUAGGCCAAUAAGUCAAGCAAGUGGUGCAAGAAUUAUAAAUCCAAGACCAAGAUCCGUUCCUAUAAUUUGUGUUCCUCCUGGAAAUCAUUGUUCUAGUCCCUCCUCUUCCUCCUCCCUCUCGACAAGUUCUCCGCCACGACUACCCAGAAAACAACAACGAAGCCAUUCCCUAACACCCCAACAGCACUCACUCGAUCAUCCUAAACUCUCAAACACUCAAAAUACACCAACACAAUCGAGCACCUUACCUCGAAUACCCCAGAUACAAAAUCAAUCACCCUCCUGUUCACUAUCAUUGGGACGACAAAAAAUCACCAGGGUCAUUUCUGAUCCAACAAUUCAACAUCCACAACAAUUUAUUCAUCAACAAUCAAAUCAGUCGCAAUCAAAUCAUCAAUCACAGCAGUCGAUCCAUCAGCAAUUGAAUCAUCAUCAUCAUCAUCAUCAGCAGUUGCAGCAGAAUCAUCAGUUACAGCAGAAUCAUCAGUUACAGCAAAAUCAGCAGUUACAACAACAAAAUCAGCAAUUACAGCAACAUAACCAGCAGAAACAGCAGCAAUUGAAUCAGCAAAAUCAAAAAGUACCCACCCCACCGCCAAAGCCACCUCGUAUACCGUACACACCGAAUCAUCAUCAUCAUCAUCCCAAUCUACAUCACUAUCAUCAUCAUCACCAUCAUGGUUAUCAGGCGUCAGGCAGCGACAGUGGUAACGGUUCCGGUGACAGUGAAUUCGAAAAUAAUUCCGGCAGUAAUACAUCAUCGGCGCCAAUAAAAGGCGUUGUCAUACGAAGUCAUUAUAAUGUGAAUGAAGGCGCUAACGGUAAUACAAGCGAGUAUGAACUCUCAACUGAAGAGCAACUCGUUGUUGCGGCACCGACUCUGGAAAUAGCAACUGCUCUUGACCUCGAGGGUUUCACGACACUGUUGCUCCCGGCUGGUGAGCAUCGACCUCUGGACCCGACGGCGCUGAGAGGCGUUUCUGGAAUGUUGCAUGACUCGGCGCCGAGGGUACUUGCAUCGCACCUCACCAGAAUUGACCUUGAGAUUGCUUUAAACACUGUAAUGGGAAGUCGCGGUGGAUUAAGUGGACUUGAAUUAGCAACAUUGCCACAUGGACGACAGGCAAGAUUAGAUCUCAUUGAAAGAUCAGAGUGUAUGAAAUUAUUAGUGGCUGUGACAGUAUUGGCUGGGGCUAAUGCAAUUGAACGUGCAACAACAAUCAGUAAAUGGAUUAGAGUUGCCAUUGAUACAAAAACAGCGCUCGGCAAUCUCUAUGGUUUUUGUAGUAUUAUGCUGGGUCUUUGUUUACCACAAAUUCAAAAAUUAGCCAAUACUUGGCAUUUACUUCGUCAAAAGUAUACAGAUGAGGCUUUUAGUUUUGAGGCGAAAUUAAGGCCUACAUUGAGGGCAAUGAACGAAUGCAAUAAUCCCCAGGCACCGAAUACAACACUUCCACAUUUACUGCCUAUUGCACUGUUGGGUGAACGAGGACUCGAGGAUGUUUUAGGAACAGUAUCGCCAUCGGGUCUAGCAGCGGCAAUUCUUUCGCCCUGGGAACAUUCAGCUUCAGAUUGUGGCCUCUCAAUUGUUUGGGCUCAUCUUGAGGCAUCACGGAAAUUAACCGAAAACCUUCCCCUUUUUCGAAGAAAUGCCGAAAUAGCCUUAGAGGGUUGUCGAAGCGAUGAAUUACUCGCUGAUGCCUUUCGUACAGAAUUUCAUAUAAAAUUUUUAUGGGGCAGUAGGGGGGCUACAGUGGGUCCAGAAGAGAGAUACCUCAAAUUCUCCCAAGUUCUCGAUGCAAUGUUCGAAAAAUGCGCUGCUACUGAAAUAUCAGCGUAAAUUUUCUUUUUUUUUUGCACAAAGAAAAAAAUUUUUUCAAAAAAGAUUUUUUUCAAUAAAAAAGAUGUUUUUUCAAAAAAAAGAUUUUUUUCAAGAAAAGAUGUUUUUUCAAAAAAAAAGACUAAAUAAAAAAAAAAAAGAUCAAACGGAAUUUUUAACGCACAAAUUGUCUUCAAAAAGAUAAUUUAAAAAAAAAAUGACUGAAAAUAUUCUCUGGGAAACGGUACUUACAUUAUUUGCACAAGCAAACAAUGUGUUUCUUACACUAUAAUACGUGAAACUUUAAGCGAAAAAAAACUAUAUACAAAUGUCCCACUUUUGUAAAGCAAAAAAAAAAAAAAAGAAAAAUUUCGAUUAUUAUACAAGAGAUUUUUGAUAAGAACAAAAAGAAAAAUUGUGGGAUUGAAAAAAAAAAUGUCAAACGACUUUCAUAAAGCCUAAUUGCAUUUUGUAUAACAUUUUGUUUUUUUAGGAUUUUUAUGUAUAAAUAACAAAAAAAAAAUUAUAGCAUUGAGAUUUACUGUACUGUAGAGAAAAAAAAAUGUAUACAAUUUUAUUGAAAGUAAGGUGCAGUUUAUUAAAUGUCAUGCUCUCAACACCAACAACUCUCUGACAAUACGAAGUUAACGCGUCCAAAGAAGAGAGAGCAUUGUGUCAACCAAAUAAGUUACCAGGAAUAUUGUGUACUUAAAAUAAUUCACUGUAUAUUAUAUAUAUUAUAUUGUAAAUGUUGUUUAUGUUUGUUUAUACUUAUAAAGUCAAAAUAAUACUAAAACAAAA